AUGUUUUUUUUAAAUUUUAGUAAUGAAGGAUCACAUCCACUUGUACCUGUUCUAAUUGUUUUAUGUUGCUGUGAUUCGUUGCAAUUAAUAUUUUCUAUGCUUGUUUUGUAUUUACCUGCUUUACAUGAUCAUCUUGAAAUGGAUCCAUUGGGGUUGGUAGCUCAACUAGCAUAUUUGGCUACUGGUGGAUUAGCAGGGGGUUUAUUAGCUGCUAAUUGUGCUUCUAUUUGGACUAUGUAA